GCCUUCUCCUUCAUGUGGGAAGGACAGCAGUGGACAUUUACCAUGCUGCCACAAGGAUAUCUUCACAGUCCCACCAUUUGACCUGAUUUGGUAGCUCACAAUUUUAAAAUGUGGAAACCUCCAGCAGAGGUCACUCUCUUUCAUUAUAUUGAUGAGUUAAUGUUGAACAAGUAACUGUCUUGCAGAAUUGGAAACUGCGGCUAAGACCAUCAUGGCCCACCUCGAGAGCCCCGAGGAGGAUGGGCUGUAAAUGGGGACAAACUACAAGGGCUUGGAUACUCUGUCAAAUAGUUAAGUGUUGUUUGGUCAGGUAAGACUAAGACUGUUCCUUCUGCUGUUGCUGAUAAAGUGUAAAAUUACCCCAUUCCAUGUACUGCUAAACAGCUCAUGGGUUUCCUUGGUUUGUUGGGUUAUUGGAGUCAGUUUAUACCCCAGUUAGCACAGAUUCUAAAACCCAUGUAUGUCCUAAUUAGGAAAGUAAAAACAUGGGAAUGGGAUGUUCCACAGCAGGCUGCUUUUGAAAAAGCCAAACAGGUGAUCGCCAAGGCCCAGGCAUUUUUGGGGGUGGACCCAGGUGUGCCUUGCAAAUGAGAUGUGGUCAGUACCGGUCUUGGCUUUGGGUGGGGCUUGUGGCAAAGGCAGCAGGCAAAGCCGUUUCCCAUUGGCUUUUGGUCUCAGCUCUGGAAAGGAACCGAACUCUGGUACAGUUCUUUAGGAAAACAACUGUGUAUGGCCUAUAAUGCCUUAGGACAUUAAAGGACUCACCCAGAAAUGUCCUGUGAAGUUUCAAAUAGCCAUCCCCAUAAAAGGGUGUAUAUGGAAGAUUUCCAUUAAUCUCACUCUGGCAGUGCACAAUUCAGCACAUUAAUGAAAUGGAAAGCUUACCUGGUACAGUGCAGCAUUUUCAACAGCUCUUUAAGCUGAGAUGACAAUAUCUUAGAACAGUUUAUUAUGUGGAAGAACAAGAUUUGCCCCUCCCCACUGAUCCUCCCAAGGUGGCUGUUUCUGUGUCCAGCAAUGACAGAUGUAGCAGUAUACCUGAGUUCCGCAGUACAUUGAUGGAUCAGCAUACAGACAGCUCACCACCUGGACAGCAGCAGCUGUGCAACUUCGUAAGGACAGCUUGUGGUGGGAAACUGCAACUAGUGGCCUGAAUUAAGGGCUCUGUGGAUGGUCACUGUUCAUGAACCUGGAGAUGCAUUAACUAUUUGUAUUGACAAUUGGGCAGUGUUCUGAGGCCUCAGUAUGCUUGGCCAUGUGGAAGUGACAGCAGUGGACUGUUGUCAGCCACCCCCAUGGGGAAAGGAAAUGUGGGAGGUCAUCCUGAGUGGCUGUCAUAAUCGAAAGGUAACUGGUUCAUGUCUCUGCCCAUAACACUGGUUCUUUACCUGGCAAUGUUGAAGCAGAUGCUUUAGCAAAAAUUUGUAUCAUAGAGCCGACAUUGCAGAAGCCUGCAAAAUGGUCAGUCUAGGUUAUGUGUUUCUGCUUUAAUCUUUCUUAUUUCUUUUCUUCUACUUGCAUUAGGGUUAGUUUGCUGAUCAUUGUCUAGCCUCUUCCAUUGUUCACCUAGGUCUUUGGUUUUAGCUCUUUCUUGCUUUCUGAUGUAUGCAUUUAGAGGUAUAAAUUUUCCUCUCAGCACCUCUUUCACUGCAUCCCAUGGGUUUUGAGUUGUAUUCUUGUUUUCAUUCAUCUGUAGAUAGUUACCUAUUUCACUUGCAGUUUUUUCUUUGACCCACUCAUUGUUUAGGAGUCUGUUGUUUAACCUCCAUGUUUUUGUAAAAGAUCUGGUUGAUUGGUGGUUGUUGAUUUCUAGUUGCAUUCCAUAAUGGUCAGUGAAUGUGCUUUGAAUAAUGUCCAUCUUUUUAAAUUUAUGGAGGCAUGUUUUAUGCCCCAGCAUAUGAUCUGACCUGGAGAGUGUUCCAUGAGCCCUAGUGAAAAAUGUAUAUCCUGGUAAUUUGGGAUGUAAUGCUCGAAUUCAUUUAUCACAUUUUUUAGGUUCUCAAUUUCCUUUUUGGUCAUCUGUCUUGUUCUAUCUAUAGAGGAUAGUGCACUGUUGAAGUCUCCCACUAUUAUUGUAGAAAUGUCUAUGGCUUUCUUCAGUUUUGUCAGUGUUUGUCUCAUGUACACAGGAGCAAGCAUCCCCAGACUGAAUGUCACACCCACCCUAUCCCUGUUUCUGUACCACAUCUGUGCAGGGGCACUAUGCCAGUGGCUGCCCCAAGGAGUGCUGCAGGCCAUUCAUGCAUCAGUGCUGGCUCUGCCAUGCCUGUCACCUGCACUACCCCCACAGUGUGGAAGAUGUGGUGGUUGGUCCAUGUGCCAGCACUAAGCUCAUGCUGGGCUACCUGGAAGAGCAUGGCUUCACCGAUCCCAUCCUCAAGCCCAAGAAAGAUGGGCUGGGCCUGGCCAUCCUGGCCCCACCUUCUGCAUCAGCCACAUCAAGAACUACAGGGGUAAGUGCCCUCUCUUGGCCGUGGGGGCCCAGGGCCUGCUUUUAGACCUUCAGGCUUGGGUGGCCUUGGGGACUCAAUCCCAGGAUGCUCUGGCUGCCUCUUAAGUUUAGAGUGGGCAUGGAAAUGACUGCAUGUGGGUUUCAGGGGGAACAGAGCUAGGUAUGAUGGUCUGUGAAAGGUGCUCAGCCAUGCUCAGGUUAGGCUGAGAAUUAUACAUGGCCUCCUGCUAAAGUAGUGUGUGACUCUGGCCAGCCCCUUCCCCUUUCAGGUCACUUGAUUGGGCUAAUCAUAUACUCCACCACCAUUGGUUGUCCUAUGACCCUGUGAUGCCCAGGGAUUCCUGGAGUUCUAUGUCCUCUUCCACGAACUUGGCAGUUUCCGGAGCCUCCUGGCCCAUCAUCCUCUUAGCCCAGGUCCUGCCUUCUCCAAAGCUUAGUUCUGCAUUUGGUCUGGAUACCAUGAGCAAGUGAUGUCAUUGGCAGCUCACCAUCUCAUGUUCCAUUUCCAGCUGCUGGUGCUUUGGACACAUGCAGGAGUGUGACACCUGGGGUGUGUUAGGGGUGGCCAGCAAGGCAGCCUGUCAUGGAGAGGCCAGCAAUCCCCCCAGUGGCCAGAUGGCCUGUGCUUUGGUACCCUCACUGUUGCUGGGGCUCCUGGUGCUCAUGGGAGAUGUCUCAUGGCCAGUGGGGGAGGAAGGAAAACCCUGAAAAGGAAAACAUCUGUCCAGCCAUGGGUCACUUGUCUGACAGGUGAAGACACAGCUCUGAUGAUCUAAGUUUGACUGUUUUCAUCUGUCAUCCCAUGCAGGGGUGUGUUUGUAUUUAGGGUCUAGAUAAGCUGCUAGGAAAACAGUAGGCAGUCUGCACAGGAGCCGUCAGUAUUCCUGAGACCCAUCACAGUUGCCAUCCCCAUUUCAGCUGUAGAUGGGUCCCUGCUCCUUCUCUGGUGCCGCUUGUCCUCCUCCAGGAACAGCUCUGGAGCAGAACAGAGCAGGGUUAUUGACUUGCUGCAACAAGGGAGAGCAACACCAUGGGGGACAGAGGGCAUCUCAGAUGAAAUGUUAGAAAGGGCUUUUCCAAUACAGCUAUUUUAGGUUAUUUGAUUUUCUUAAUUCUUUGUUUUGUCUGAGAUGUGGUUUUUCUGUGGUGUGUUUUUAAAAUUUUUGAUAUAUAAGGUUUAACAAAAAGAAAAAGAAUGGCUUGUUGCAGGAUCUGGGCUGGAGUUAGGUGAUUUGGGGGGCCUCUGAGGAAGUGAGGCUGUGCUCUGUAUUGGAUGCCCUCAGCAAGUGGGGUAAUUCUGUGUUUGGGUAUCAUAAUGAUGCUCAUCCAGCAGGAGGGAAGGCUUGAGUGUGGUUCCAGCCGUGGUUGGUAAAGAAGCAGUGGCCAUGCACAUGAGCCUUGAUGGGGAUGCUAGGUCCUUUGUUUGGCUUGUCUAGUGCUUGUGUCAUCUGUUUUCAGACAUGAUAAUUUAUAGUCUUGUUUUUGUCUUUCUCCAUUGUGGUGGUCACAGACUGGCCUUGUCUGGGUUGGGUCCAUGAGAUGGCUGUCAGCAUGAGAAUGCGGAGGCUAGGCCCUGGCUGUCAGGGCUGCUUCUCCCUUUCUCACACUAAGACUCACUUUUUCAGCUGGGCAGAUGCCCAUGUCCCCCAGGCCUGUGGCAGUAAUGAUGAUGACUAAUAUUUCUAGGAGACCCAUGAAGCACCUGGCAGUUUUCUAAGCUCUUCACACAUGUGAACCAAUUUCAUCUUGGUCACAGACCUGGGGGUUGGGGACCCUGCUCUGCCCCUGAGACUCCAGGCCCUGCAGCCACCAAUGGCUGGGCCAGGGUGGCAUGUGCUCACCCCAUCUCCACUAUGGCUGGCCCUACAGUAGACGGAACACCUUCUUACAUCAGGGAAGAAGUGACUUGAGGCUUUUAAUUUUUACUUUCUUUCUUUUUCCUCUUAAUUUUACUUUUUGUUAUGGAAGUUUUCAAACAAGGAGGGAAAUAGGCAGUGAACCCCUUUGCACCCUCACCAGGAGCUGAGGCCACCAGUUUCCUGCCAUUUUGCUGCCUCCCCCACCUUUUAUUUUCACUUGGAGUAUUUUAAAGCAGAUCUCAGGAGCAUACAUCAUUUCACUGAUAAAAAAUCUGGUAUACUUUUAAAAAUAUAAUCACAAUUCCGUUAUCGCACUCUAUGACAUAAUGAUAAUUUCAUAAUGUCAUGCGAGACCUAGCAUAAUUCUUUCCAGGUACUUCAAAAAUAUCUUUUUUGCCUUUGGUUUGAAUCAGAAUGCAAACAAGAGCUGCACACCACGUUUUGUUUUUAUCUUUCUUUAGACUCUUUUACUCGCUAAACACCUCACGUUAUUUUCCAAAUAGUGCAUUGUUUAUAGCAGAUUGAUUUACAGCAAAAUUGCUCAGAAAGAACAAAGUCCCCAAUUUCCCAUUCCCCAGCCCCUUUGCACCUCCCCCCAAUUAUUAAACAGUGUCCUGAUUAUUAAGGUCUUACAUAGUGGGGUACAUGCAUUACAAUCAUGACCCAACACUGAGACAUAAUUAAAGCCCAUAGUUUACAGUAAGGCCACUCUCUGCGUGUACAGUUCUGUGGUUUUGACAGAUGCUGAACAUCCUGAUCUAACAUUGCAGUUUCCUGCAGAAUAGUUUCACUGGCCUAAAAAUGCCCCGUAUUCCCAUUCUUGUCCCUUUUCCUUUUCCCCAAAACCCAUCAGGGCAACAUCUGAUCUUUUAACCAUAUCCCCCUGCCUUUUUUCAUUCCAUUGAUUUCUUAGGAAAACAGAGUUUUCAUUCCCACACACUGGAUUUGGUUGACGGCUUCCCUGUGGUGUCCUGUUAUUUCCUGGAAAACGGGCAGUUAGUGGCUUGGUUGGGUUCAUGUUCAUUUUUCAGGCAGAAUUCUGUCACAGCGGCUGGGUGCUUCCUUCCAUAAGGAGGCCCACAGGACCCCACCACCCUCUCUCAGUGAUGUCAAGAUGGGUCCCUGGGUCAGUGGCCCAGCCUCCCCUGUCCACAGAGAGUCCCCGUCAACUUUUUAGGCAUCAUGUAGAGCAGCCGUCAAGGAUCCUUGCCAAAGGAGUGUCCUCUUCUAUGUUUCUUCUUGUAAAAAGAACUUACCCUCCUUUGUUAUUCAGCUAUUCUGAGCUUUCUUUCCUUCACAGUUUUUACCCUGAGCUUGUCUUCAUCAGCUGCAGAAAAUGCAGGAUAAGUGCUUUUUCCUUUAUGUACCAGUUUACCCAUUUUCAGAAUAAUGAGUCAGUGCCCUAGGAUUGUUGUAGGGUUAUUUUUGAAAGAUUUUAAGUGUAUGUCUCAUGCAUUAUUUUGGACACAUUUAACAGGAAAAAAGAAAAAAAACUUGUUGAGCAGAAAUUCAGUUUUAUUGGGCAUCCUGGGUUUCUAUUUGGUCAUCUGGGCCCCCACCUGAGGCCCAGUCUCCUCACUGUGCCUACAUCAUGGGGUUCUCGUUAGUCUGAGGGAGGGAGGGUGUAAAAUGCUUUGUCAGUGGAGAAAGCUGGAAGGUGGGACCCGGAGCCUGGGAGCCCAGCGGCUGCGAGUGUGCUUGCCCUGCCCUUGUGCACCUGCUCUCUGUGGUCAUCUUCACAUGUGGCUGUCCCUCGAGCGGCCUGGUGAGCUUACCCCGGGAAUGGCUUAGCACCUCCCGCCAGCUUCCCCGGGACCUGAGCACAGUGUGGACAUGAUGGACGUCACCAAGCAGAAGGACUGCUAGAUGAAGCUGAAGUUUUUGCACUACUACUACUACGGCACCAACCUGAAGCAGGUCCUCAAGUUCACCAACCUCAAGUUCUGUGACACCAGAGCUGACAUGGUUUUGACCAAUGAUGGCUGUGAUUUCUGGGGUGGAGGCUGAGAUCUGCCAGUGUCCUUUUUGCCCGAGGACACUGAGACCUGAUUCUCAGCCGAAUGUCCAGCUUCAUGGAACCUCCUGACAUUAUAAAAAACAGCCUUUGGGAGAAAACUGCUGGCCUGAUGAUGCUUUGCUGGCUAAACUCAAAGUGCCCAAGUCCUGCCUGAUGUGUGUGAAGGACAGCUACACUGACUCCUGCAUUGGUUCAGGAGGUGUCUCUGCCUGGUUCCACCUGCUCAAGGUUCUCAAAAAUCUGGGAAGCAGCUGCUGCCUCACUGAUUCCAAGGAGCAGAAAUUCUCAAUGGAGCUUGCAGAUCAGGGACUGAGAAACAGGAGUAUCGGGGUAGUAACCUACAUUCUCCUAAGUGGGGCCUCCCCAUUUCUUGGAGACACAAAGCAAGAAAUGUUGGCAGAUGUGUCCACUGUCAACUAUGAAUUUGAGGACGAGUACUUCAGUAACACCAGUGCCCUCGCCAAAGAUUUCAUAAGAAGACUUCUGGUCAAGGAUCCAAAGAAGAGAAUGACAAUUCAAGAUAGUUUGCAGCAUCCCUGGAUCAAGGAUGAGGACGACUCCUUUGUGAUGAAAGCCAUCAUCCAUGCCAUCAGUGAUGACAACGUCCCAGGCUUGCAGCACCUUCUGGUUAACCAACCCAACAAGCGUGGGACAUCUCUGUUACUGAUUGCUGCCGGCUGUGGGAAUAUUCAAAUACUACAGCUGCUCAUUAAAAGAGGCUUGAGGAUUGACGUCCAAGAUAAGGGCGGAUCCAAUGCCAUCUACUGGGCAUCUCGGCAUGGCCACGUAGAUACCUUGAAAUUUCUCAAUGAGAACAAAUGUCAUUUGGAUGUUAAAGACAAGUCUGGAGAGACAGCGCUACAUGUGGCAGCUCGCUACAGCCACGCCGACGUGGUCCAGUUACUUUGCAGUUUCGGCUCUAAUCCCAAUUUCCAGGACAAGAUCAACAUCAUGCAGAGUGAAACAGUCCAGGACGUGCUGCUCCUGGACCCCUGCUGGCUCUGCACUGGAGUCCUGGGGAAGCUUCUUUCUGUUGAGACACCUCGAGCCCUGCACCAUUACUGGGACCACUAUACCAUGGCGGACAUCCAGCGCUUGGUGCCCGACUGUGACAUGGAGGAGCUGCUGCAGAUCCUGGAUGCCAUGGACAUCUGCGCCUGGAACCUGAGCAGCAGCACCAUGGUGGACAUCCCGGCCCUGAUCAAGACAGACAACCUGAACUGCUCCUGAAUGGACGAGGAGG